AUGGCGAGCCGUGGAGAGCAGCUACCGGCGUUGUCGUUACGUGACAAGCGACCAAAUAGUGGAAACUACGGAAGUGCAUACUGCCGUCUGCCUAUCAUCGUGUCGCUUGCUUCAAAAAGGUUUGUGUGCAUCAGAGUCAUACAAUAUAACAAUACAUCAACACUGGCAAAGUAUCCCAUGACAAAGGUCAGACAUGACUACACGGUCGUUGUCGUCGUUACCACGACGCCCCCUGUACUGACCAUCACAUCUAGGGCUUAUGAAGCCAAGUGCAAGUACGUGUUGACCGGCAAGGCGAAUCCAUCGACGCGACUCACCGUCGAUGAGAUUCCCGUCAUUUCGAUCACAAAACAAGCGAAGCCGACCAAUCUGAGUUUGAAGAUCUUCGACGUCAGAGGUCGAGAGGUCAUCGAUGUUAACCUGGGGCAAAAGCUUAUGCUCACUGCGUUCGUGUCCGAUGGCUACGGCGUCUUCGUGCGCAACUGCGACGCCGUGUCGACGCGCGACCUCAGCGCGAGUCUACAGCUGCGUCGCGCCGCCGGAAUGUCCGGCGAUCACGGACCAUCAGUCGGCACCUUCCGGCCGCUGCGCACGGGUAACGGUGCCGUCGCCGUGCUGGAGAGCUUCAAGUUCCCGGGAGCCGACACGGUCGUCAUAGAGUGCGAGGUGGAGGCGUGCCUGGGCAGGUGCAGAUCGGUGGCAUGUGGAAAGGAAGGCCAGUCUUACGGCAGAAGGAAACGGGAGCUAGAGGAGGUCUGGGCACCUCCCAUUAAAGAAAAGAAAAUCACAACAAUGUGGAUCGUGCAAGAGCGGUCGCCACGAGAGGGCAGCCCGAUCGCCAACACUAGCGACCUCUACUCGGCGGAGGCGUCACAGAGCGCGCCAGCAGUUGCACCGCCGCAAGGGGGCGCCGAUGUCGCCCCGCUGCGCACCUGUGUCACCGAGAACACGCUCGCGGUGGCGCUGGUUGCUACCGGCGCCCUGGCGGCGACGCUCACGCUCACGCUGUCGUGCCUAGUGUUUACGCGCCUCGCCCGCAGAGGGCAGCACCAGAAGGAGGAUGACGAGGAGAGCUGUAAAGGCGGUGGUGGCGGCAGUGAGGGCGUCGGUGCGGACAACUGGACGAUGCGGUGGGCAUUCCCGCUGAACAUUAUGCGAACGGGCGCGAUUAGAAGCCAGCGUCAUGCUGUCAGGUAGGGAUGGCUUACACAGACAUGUGUGCUACCUCUCUACACAGACGAUGCCAGCAUUAGCAGAAGAUAAUACAGUCAGCAGCAGGAGCAGGUGUCAACAUAAGGCAACACUGUCAGCAGAAUGUGUUAAUGUCAGCAGAAGAUAACAUUGUCAGUAGAGGCUGGUGUCUGCAGAUAAUACUGGUGUCUGCAGAUAAUGCCGGUGUCGGCUGAUAAUACUGGUGUCUGCAGAUAAUGCUGGUGUCGGCUGAUAAUACUGGUGUCUGCAGAUAAUGCUGGUGUCGGCAGAGAAUGCUGGUGUCUGCAGAUAAUGCUGGUGUCGGCAGAGAAUGCCGGUGUCGGCAGAUAAUGCUGGUGUUGGCUGAUAAUGCUGGUGUUGGCAGAUAAUGCUGGUGUCGGCAGAUAAUGCUGGUGUCGGCAGAUAAUGCUGGUGUCUGCAGAUAAUGCUGGUGUCGGCAGAUAAUGAUAAUGCUGGUGUCGGCAGAUAAUGCUGGUGUCUGCAGAUAAUGCUGGUGUCUGCAGAUAAUGCUGGUGUCUGCAGAUAAUGCUGGUGUCUGCAGAUAAUGCCGGUGUCUGCAGAUAAUGCUGGUGUCUGCAGAUAAUGCCGGUGUCUGCAGAUAAUGCCAGUGUCGGCUGAUAAUGCUGGUGUCUGCUGAUAAUGCCGGUGUCAGCAGAUAAUGCUGGUGUCUGCAGAUAAUGCUGGUGUCGGCUGAUAAUGCUGGUGUCGGCUGAUAAUACUGGUGUCUGCAGAUAAUGCUGGUGUCGGCAGAUAAUGCUGGUGUCAGCCAAAGAUGUUAACAUGUGGAGGAAGGAUGCUACUGUAAGCAGCUGCUGAUGCUAAUGUGAGCAGACUACUUAGUUUGAGCUGUCGCAUAAGCUGAUGAUCCUCACACUAGCUAAUUAAGCAAAUAGGGAGGUGCCUUAGCCACAGCCAAGACCAUAGUGGCUGUUGGUCGCCCUAGAACUAGCAAAUUCUUCUUCAUGUGACGAGCUGGCAACCAGCAUUGCAUACUUACGUGUAUGUAAAUACUGACGAAACGCCACCCCUUGCUCAAACCAGUGAUUGCGAUUGACGACAAGAGUUUAUGUACAUUUUUACACACGUUCUUUAGUGGUGUCAAUAUUUUUUAAUAAAAUACGCACAUAGUAUAUACACGUACA